UCAAGAGGGGUGUGUUUGGUGAUGUAAUUUACGCGCGACAAAAUAUGCCUCUCGCGUAGGCUACGGUCGCGUGUUACACAGUCAUGGCUGCUGUCGGUUUCUGUGGAGAGUGGUUUAUUUUCACCUGCGACAAGACACUAGUCGCAGUUCACACUAAACAGACCAGGGAACCAUUUGUUUUUGACUGCAGCACUGCUGAGAAGAAGCCAAAGAAUACAAAGAAUAACAACAACAGUGAUGGCGACGCCUCAGAAGAAACAGGAGGUGACAAAGUGCUUUCUUUCACUGUGUCUCCCUCUGGAAAGCUGGUGGCAGUGACCGAUGACACCAAGAGACUGGUUCUGUUUCACUGUGAGCCUUCAUGGCAGUGUAUCAGCAUAAGGUGGGUGGUGAGGAGGUGCACAUCCAUGGUGUUCAGUAAGGCCGAAGAUGAACUGCUGGUGGCUGACAAAUCAGGAGAUGUGUACUCCUUCUCAGUGGUGGAGCCGAAGAGGGAGGGCGAGCUCAAGAUGGGCCACCUGUCCAUGUUGCUAGCUAUAACCAUGUCACCGGAUGACAAAUACAUCAUCACAGCCGACCGUGAUGAGAAGAUCAGAGUGAGCCACCUCAGGUGUCCAUACAACAUCCAGUCCUUCUGCCUGGGACAUCAACAGUUUGUCAGUGCCUUGCUGCUCCCAUCAGCUCAUUCCCACUGUCUGCUGUCUGGAUCAGGGGAUGGGACCGUGAAGCUAUGGGAGUAUAAGUCUGGCCGUAGGCUGCAAAGCUUGGACCUCAAAGAGCUUGAAGAGACACCGAGCUCUGAGACUGACAAAGAGAAGAAGCCAACUGUGUGCCAGAUCGCCAGCUCCCCUGAUGGAUGCCACAUUGUUGUGCAGUGUGAAAGAGUGUCCACAGUUCAGUUUUUCACUCUGGACCGGGUGAGUGAAGAGAGGCUUGUACCACACAGCAGGCUCUCCCUGCCGCACUGUCCCCUGGACAUGACCUUCGACCCAGAAGGACGGCUCUGGGUGCUAAUGGACUCCAAUGAUGCACCACUCCAAAUCUACACACACAGACAAGACUCCUGGGAGUGUGAUGCUGAGAGCCCUGAACUGAACACAGUGUCUGAAGCCCUCAAGCCAUACUGGGAGAACCUUGAAGCCUCCACAAGGACCAACAACAGCUUUGAGCAUCUGUACAAAACAAGUUUUGACAAUGUGACGGCAUACCUGCAGAAGAAGCAGCAGAGAGUGCAGGAGCAGCAGUUGAAGAGGACAAUGAAACAGAAAGCGAACAACAAUAAGAAGGCCAAGAAAGAGAAGUCAGGAACUGUAACUCAACAACUCAACUCUACCUGAACAGACACUUUGAAAAGAGCGCUAUUAUUUCCUUUUAUGUUGGAUGCUUUGAAUGAUGAAUCUGCAUUGAAUGUGUGUAUCAGUAACACACAUGGAGUGUGUGUGCUUUGCCACAUGGCCUUUGUAGAUGGAUUUUUGUUUUCCUCAAAUUUUUAAAAAUAAACACAGCAGCUAACAUUAAA